AUUUCGAAGAACAACAAUAAAAACAUUGUUUUCAUUCAAAAAUGCGUUCAAAUUCCAAUGAAUCUCAACAAUUACAACAACCACAAACUGUUGUUGUUGGUGGUGGCAUUGGUGGCGGUGGUGGCCUGAUUUCAGCAUCCACAUCAUCGACGAUUAAUUCAUCACCACCACCACCAAUAUGGCCAUCAAUAACACCAAACGCCAGUGGAUAUGAUUUUGAUAUUUAUACCUCAUCCCCAUCCGCAGCAUCAAUCAAUGGAACAUCAAUGAAAAAUCAUCAUCAUCAUUCAUCAUCAUCAUCAUCAUCAUAUGGUUUGUUACCAACCAUAGAAUCAUUAUCAUCAACAUCGACAUCUGGAAAUGGGAUCUCAACAACGCCAGCAAGCUGUUCAACAACAACAACAACAACAAAUAAUGAUAGUCAUAAUUUAAAUUCGGUCGCAUCAUAUGGAUCAUCUGCGAACCAUGAAAUAACAGCGGCCGCCGCAUUAGCUAUUGCUACAAAUCGUAAUAAACAAUUAUCAGCAGCGACAACUAGCGGUGGUAGUAUUGGUAGUUCAUCAUCAUCAUCAUCAUCUUCAUUCAAAUCAUCCGCAUCAGCAUUCUGGUCAAAUUCAUAUGAUUCAUCAAUGAUGAUGAAUGGUGGCGCUACUUCUGCUACGAAUUCUGGUUCUAUGUCAACAACAACAACAAAUCCAUCAUCACAUUAUCCUCAUUCGCAUCCGCAACCACAUAAUCCCUAUACAUCUCAUUCACACGUUGGACAUCCACAUUCGCAUCCGCAUCAUCAAAUGGCAAAUGAUCCAUUUGCAUCGUUUGCAGUUGCAGCUGCAGCUGCAAAUCAUGUUGCAGCAGCCGCAUGGUGUGGUUAUCCUAAUCCUUAUCAUCAUCCACAUCAUCAUCCGCAUCAUCAAUCAAGAAACGAUCAUCAUCAUCAUCAUCAUCAUCUUUAUGGUGGAUUAAAAUCGGAUAUGAAUCAAUCGAAUGAUCAUCAUUCACACCAUCAUCAUUUAUACGGGUUAAAAGCCGAAACAUUGGAUGUACAACAACCACCAUCAUCAUCAUCAUCAUCGACAACAUUUCCAAUGGAUCCAAUAUCAUCAUCAACUUAUCAUACAGCAAUGCAACGUAUGGUUGCUGCAACACAACAAUCAUCAUCAUCAACAACAGUCAAUCAACAACAGAAUCUGAAUCUGAAUCAUCAUCAAUCAUGGUCAACAUCGAUCAAUGGUGGACAAAAUGGACAACAACAACAACAACAACAAUUAAAUCAUCAAACAAAAUCGAUUGCAACAUCACCAUCAAAUCAAAUUGUUUCGACAAUCGAUCAACAACAACAACAUCAAACAAAUGGUGAUCCAAAUUCCAACAACAACAACAAUUCGACAACAAAUUUAGGAAUUGAUGAAACUGCGACAACAUUGAUAACAACAGCAGCAGCAGCAAAUCAUCAUCAUCAUCAUCAUGCAGCGGCAGCAGCAGCUGCCGCUGCGGCUGCUGCUGCUGCUGCAACAAAUCAUCCACACCAUCAUCAUCAUGCGGCAGCCGCUGUACUGCAACAUCAGGUUGCAUUGCUUCAUCAAGCAGCUAAUCCAACAAUAACCGCUAAUCAUCCUCAUCAUUAUCAUGAUCGUUUAGAAUGGUCAAAUGGGAAUACCGCAAGUGGAUUGAUGAUGAAUCCUCAUCAUCAACAUUAUGAACAUCCACAUUAUCAUCAUCAUCAUCCAUCUUUGCAUCAAUCAACACCGAAUAAUAAUUUCAUCAGUAAUCAUCCAACGCAUCAAACUAAUUUAACGUCAGUAAAUCAAACAGCCGCAACUGUAGUCGCAACAACGCCAACAUCAUUAUCAUCAACAGCAUCAUCUUCAUCAUCAUCGGCAUCAGCAUCAUUAUCGGUAACACCGAUAAUGAUCAACAACAACAACAACGGUGGUGGUGGUGGUGGUAAUCAUCAUCAACAACAACAUUCGCAUCAACAUCAACAUCAUAUAUCGACAAGAAAAAAACGUAAACCAUAUUCAAAAUUUCAAACAUUAGAAUUGGAAAAAGAAUUUCUAUUCAAUCAAUAUGUAUCGAAACAAAAACGUUGGGAAUUAGCAAGGAAUUUAAAUCUAACCGAACGUCAGGUGAAAAUAUGGUUUCAAAAUCGUCGUAUGAAAAAUAAAAAAACAAUACAACGUAAUUCGGAACGUCAUCAUCGAACAUCUUAAUUGAACAUUAUUGAUUGAUUGAUUGAUCGAUUAAUCUAAUUUAAUUUAAUU